CCCGACAAUACUGGCUUGCUUUACCCUCUCUCCCCUAACUGAUCAGAUCGUCCAACUUGAUGACUACCUAACUACGCAACUCGCGAUCCACCUUCUGCUCAGCACUGGCCAUCACACACCUCAGAAACACCUCAUCAACGAAUCGCAACCGAUCGCAACCACAAGUCGAACUUCACCUUCCACCAUCUCAUCCCACAUCCUCCCAGAGAAACAACUCACCUCCGCACUCCACUCACCUUGCCUUCGCUUCCCCAACCAGUACCAGCCAACAAGAAUCAAUCACCACGAAAAGCCCCACCGGUCGGAAAAAAAAGAAAGAAAAAAGCAUGUCCUCCAACGUCGGCCUCUCCACCCCCCGCGGCAGCGGCACCUCGGGCUACGUCCAGCGCAACGCCGCCUUCAUCAAGCCCCGCGCCACGGGCUACGGCCAACCGUACCCGCCCGUCUCGGGAGCCAACUCGGCCAGUGAGCGGGGGGGUGGCUUCAAGCAGCGGGUGCCGGAUCGGCAGAUCCUCGAGCAUGAUCGGCGGCGCGCCGUCGAGGUCAAGGUCAUGGAGUUGCGGGAGGAGUUGGAGGAGGAGAAUGAGCGGUUGGAGGAGGAAGAGGCAAGGAAGGGGGUGAAGAAGCAGAAGGAGGAUGAGGAGGCUGAGGAGGGUAAGGAGGAAGAGGAGGGCGAGGCUGCUGAGGCGACAGGGAAACGGGAACGGGUGCUCUCGGAGGAGGAGAUUGACGAGCGAUGCCAGAAGUUACGGGAGAGGUUGUUGAACGAGUUGGAGGAGGAGGAGCGGCGGGUUGCGUCGCGGAAGGAGAGGGAUGGUGGCAGGGGAGUGUCCGGGUAUGCGUCUGGUGGUGGUAGUGGGAAUGGUGGGAGGAGCGGAAGGUGGGGCAGGGAGCGGGAUAUGCCUCCUCCUCCUCCUUCGAAGAAACAGUUCAAGUCGUAUCAGGUGCAUGAGUUGGCCGAGGCCAAGAUUGAGGAGAGUGAGCGGUUGAGACGGGCGUUGGGGAUUCGCGAGGAUAGGGAGACCGGGGAGAUUUCGGGGCGCAGGCGGAGGGAUUGAUUGAUUGAUUGAUUGGGUGGUUGGUUGUGGUAUUUGGAGGGUGUGUCUUUUGCUGAGCUGGGUGGUUGGAUUAUUGUGAUGGUGCUUCUUUUUCUCUCGUAUUUGGGGUUUAGGGAAAGGGAGGAUUGAUGGGUGUUCGGGCGUUAUUACUUUGGGGGGUUUUUUUUUCUACUGCGCCGCUACGCAGGCACUAUCGCAUAGUUGCAAAUCUGCAAUGCUGGAUUCGAUGAGCAGACACAGCUGUAUAUUAACUAUAUUCUCAUAACUUUUGCUUGCAGGCUUCGUCGCUAUAUAUACCUCAACUGACAAACU